GUUUUAGUGAGCGUUCGAACAAAGAUGGAUGUUCGCUAAUCUCCGUCGAGAGUUAUUUGCAAUUCACUAAUUGAGAAUUUAAGAUAGGAGAUAUGGCAAACGUGUGUUUUAGGUGCUGAUGAACUUGAACGAUGCAAAAGAUAUAGUGGCACCCCUUGCUAUAUACAUCGCUCAACUCACCCAUCUGUUCUUCCAGUUCUGGCAAGCCCAAUUUCUGUUGGAUUACAGCGUCGUUCCAUACGAGUCGAUUUGCAGAGCCAAUUGGUAUUCCACAUCGAAAAGGUGUAGAAAACUUUUACUCUUAAUCAUGAACAGGACUGUUUCACCAUGCAAAAUAACCGCCGGCAAGAUUGUGACAUUAUCCAUCGAAAGCUUUGGAAUUGUCCUAAAGACAUCAAUGUCUUAUUUCACGAUGCUGCGUUCCUUCCACUAACGAUUUCGACAUGUCAGUGAAAACGCAUAACUGAGCUUAUUGUAAAAUUCGAAAAUAAUUGUUAACAAAAUUCAAAACAAUAUGAUUCAAUGUAAGAUAAUUGAUUGACAUUGAAAUUUCGAAUAAAUAUAUAUAACCUUAUCGUUUUGUAUCCAUUACUUCCAGUAGAAUAUGAUACACCCAUUU